ACUGAGACACCCCCACGGCUGCUGCCUAUCCGAUUUGCUGGAUUUUUUUUAAACCUUUAUUUUCCUUAGUAUUUUAUUUUAUUCUGUUCUCUAUUAUCAUUGUGGGAAAGGGCAGGCGGCGAGAGGGAAGUGGAUCUGGUGGUAGAAGAUUCAAAGGGAUUGUGCCACUCUCAAAGCACCUGUGCCUGCAAGCGAGUGGCCGGUCACCUGGCUUACAGCACUGGAGACCUGGGAGUCAGAGGAAGAAUCAGUUUUUCUCUGGUUUUGUCUCGCACGGAGUUCGCCUGGGCUGGCCAGAGCCGAUGAGUAAAUGAGAAACCAAGUCAGCGUCUCCUGAGCGGAAAUAGCCAAAGAGGCAGGAGAUUUGAGGCAGAGCGUGGGAGCACUUUGUGGAGAAGCCAAGUCAGCCGGAGGAGGGAGGGGGGGACCCACCGCUGUGUCUAACGCAAGAAGGAGAAAAAAAGCGAAGUUAUUUAAAACCCGGGAAAUAAUUAACUCCUUAUUUAUUGUCAGAGUCUAGCGUUCACUGGUGUCGCCGGCUCCCUUCAGUGUCUGACUGUUUGCCGGGGCUAUGGCUCUCUCCCAGGUGCAGUGUCUGGAUGACAGUCAUGUCAACUGGAGAUCCAGCGAGUCCAAGCCGGAGUUCUUCUACAGCGAGGAGCAGAGACUGGCUUUGGAAGCCCUGGUCUCAAAGGGGCCGGAGGCCUUCUACGAGGUCCUCAAGAAAGAGAACAUCCGGGACUUCCUCUCCGAGCUGGAGCUUAAAAAGAUCAUGGAGUCGCUGGAAACGUACGACCCGGGUUCGGAGUAUAUCCCACGCCACGGGGGCGGGGACAGCGACGGUGACUGCACCAGCCAAGGGGGCGAGGGAGAGUUGGCACCCUCCUUGGAGUACUGGCCCCAGAGAUCCGACCGCUCCAUCCCGCAGCUGGACCUGGGCUGGCCCGAGACCGUCGCCUACCGGGGGGUCACCAGGGCCAUGGUGUACAUGCAGCCGCCCAUCGACGGGCAAGCGCACAUCAAGGAGGUGGUCAGGAAGAUGAUUGUCCAGGCUCAGAAGGUCGUGGCUGUUGUCAUGGACAUGUUCACGGACGUCGACAUCUUCAAGGACCUCCUGGACGCAGGCUUCAAGCGGAAAGUCGGCGUCUACAUCAUUGUGGAUGAGACCAAUGCGAAAUACUUCCUUCAGAUGUGCGAGCGAGCACAGAUGCACGCCGGGCACCUGAAGAAUCUCCGCGCUCGCACCACGGGGGGAGCGGAAUUUUUCACCCGUUCGGCCACGAAGUUCAAAGGCGCCUUGGCCCAGAAGUUCAUGUUCGUGGAUGGUGACCGGGCUAUGUGCGGCUCCUACAGCUUCACCUGGUCCGCAGCCAGGACCGACAGGAACCUCAUCUCGGUCCUCUCCGGCCAGGUGGUGGAAGCGUUCGACAAGCAGUUCCAGGAGCUGUAUCUCAUGUCCCGGGGGCUCAGCCUGAAGUCCAUUCCCAUGGACGAGGAGCCGGAACCCGAGCCGUUCACUCUGCCCUCUGUCAUGCCUGUCACCCCGGCCAACGCAGUGGUGAAGAGGCUGAUUAACCCAAAAUAUGCCCUGGUGAAGGCCAAGAGCGCAGAACAGAUCAGCAAGAUGUCGUCCGAGAGGCAGGCGGACGCCGGCAGAAAAAAGAUAACGGACAGCAAAGACAAGGCCCUUCCCGAGGGCCAAGGUGCCGAGCGGCAAAACGACAUGGCCGACCUAGCCCCACCCAUCCACCCCGGCCUCCUCAACAUGGAGAAGGCCAACAUGUUCGACUACCUGCCCACUUGGGUGGAGCCAGACCCAGACCCAAGCGAAAUCUUGGGGUACAUCAACAUCAUCGACCCCACUAUAAAGAACGUGAAGCUGUCCCAAAUGAACCGCAUCAAGGUCUGUGACGUCUCCCAGGCCAACGCCCAGCACAGGCAGAUGCAAAAAAACAAGGAGUUGGAAGCCAAGAAAAGCCAAGAGUCUUCUCCAGCCAGCCGGGAGCAAAGAAAGGCCCCUCCGACCCCAAUCGAGGAAGCUCCCAAGCCAGUCGAAAGCCCCAAAGCAAGGAGUCCUGGGGAGGACAAGAAAGGAGCUUUGGCUAUCCUGGCCAUGAGCCAGCACCUGAAGCAGCCCACGGCUGCAGAGACGCACAAGAUGGACGUCAGGCCCCCAGUGCCAAGGCCGAGGACGGUUGACGUCGUGGACUUUAUCUCCAAAAACAGCGCGCUCUGCAAAGACACGGCUGCCCUGCUCGGGGACGCCAAGAAGCAGCUGCGCCAGGUGGCAGAGCCAGCGAAUGCAGAUCACAGGCUGGGUGAAAACCCCACACAAGCUCAAGCCACAGCCAGCGAUCACCAGCUGAGGAGGCAGGCAGCCGUAUCCCAGGAAGCUCAGGGCACGGCAGCCGCGUGUCCCGUGAACGGGCUGGAAGGGGAGGAAGAUGAAGAGGACUAUUUGACACUCAGUGAUCAGGAGAGCUAUUCUAGCAGUUCUGCCACCCACAGCUACCACCACUCCAACGCCUCCUCCACCUCGGACGAACUCUUUGAGGUGAGAGGUCGCUUUGGGCCGCUCCGGAGAACCAACUCCGAUCACAUCCCCAACGGGGGGAACCUGCACUUGCAAAGGAAAAUGAGCGACCCCCACAUCAGCCGGGGCACCUACGUCAGCCCCCUGGGGAGCCUGCAGUCGCCGCCAAACUUGCGCUUAGAGGACGCGGUCCAGAGGCGGGACGAUGUUACCGAGGUGAUUAGGUGUGUGCUGGAAAAGGGGACUAGCCUGCGCGCUGCCCUGGAUGGAAAGGGAGCACUCGCCAGCAAGGCCGGGCAGGGUCAGCCUUUCCACCACUACGUAUCCAGGAACCCAGCAUGCCCAGCACAAGGCAAAGGGGGCAUCCACGCCCCGAGACACGAGAAAAACCCAGGGCCCAGCAAAUACAAGGCAGAUGGAACCAGUGCUAAAAAACCCACCGCAGCCCCCAGCCCCCCACCAUACUGGCAAAGCAAAGGUUUCAGUUCCACCAGGAACGUGCAGCCCGGCCACCUCUCGCAAGGCAUCAGCAGAGCAACCGGCAAGCCCUUGUCCUCCCUCCCAGAAAGCCAGAGGACAGCGGAUGAAGUGAGGACGCCACUCGGCAUCCCGCUCACCAAACUCUCACAAUCCAAGCACCUCAAGGCCAGGGCGGGCGGAGGCCAGCAGGUUUCCACCGACUCUAAACGGAGGCUCCCUGGGGCCGCCAGCCGCAAGGACCAGUAGGUACCGAAGCAGGUGGACUGCAAGUAUUCAGAGGCCAUAGAGCGGGGAGAUGCAAUUCCGCGUGGGAGGGGGAAUAUGUUUACAUUUACCUGGUCGGUGCACCAGUACCAAGUGGCCAAGACAGACAGCCCGAGAGUCAUGCCAGUCCAGGGAAGGUCUCCGGAGACGGGAUCUCGGAAGAGGUGCAUGGCGUCCGCUCUGGGCAGGUGGCAAGUUGUGUUGGGGAUAAUCUUGGCCGGAACAGCCUUUAAAUAAGCCUCUGCCAGGUUUUGGUAUCCUCCGAUCUUGUUAAACGCUGGAAGGGAACAGGGAGGGGAGGCUGAUUAGAGCACUGAAAUAUGAGCAGAUCAGCUGGCAAAAGCCACCGCGACCUUCCCAGGCAGAAUCUUUCCUCCCUUCCCGCUUGCCCCGAGAAGCGGGGCCGGGGAAAGAACCACCACACGUUGCGACGGAAUUUUAUUCUUAUUUAAGAGACAGCUGGGGUUUUGCACAGUUGGGCCCGGUAGAUUCCUGCUCCUCCCAGGGGAUGCAUCCCGGGUCCUGGAUCCAGGCUCCCCAUCGAGACGCUCUCUCCACUGAGUUUGUACUUCCAACAAGUCACUUUUAUUAAAGCACAAAGGUCCCCAGGCAGCCCGACGUUCUUGUUGAAGUGGUAAACGCGAGCAGAGGAGGUAGCGACUGACUUGAUCCGUGACAGUGCUCCGUGCAGGGUCCACCCUUUGGUUCAGAGGUCAGACCAUUUUUUAGCGAACUAGGUAGUGACCUGAUAGCCCCAUAGUCUCUGGGUACCUAGACGCAAGUGCAAUACAGACUCACUUCGCUGGGUUUUCUUAGGGUCCAUCUACACUGCGAGCAGAGGUGACUGCAGCACGUGGAGACAUAUCUGAGGUCGCUUCGACCUAGCCAGCGUGAGCUGUCCACCCUGCCAGGUACUCGAGUGGCUAGACCGUACUGCUAUUGGGAGAGGAGCUAGCUAGCGCAGGCAUGGCUGGACGUGCUGCAGUCACCUUCACAGCUCCGGCUGCAGCGCAGAUGUACCCUGAGAAAUGGCAUCUUCUCUCUGGAGCAGUUAAUUCCCUGGGGUGAAAGUGACACCUGUGCUAAAGGCCUAGCCCCCUGCUCUCCCCAAACCAUCCCAAGCCUGGGCAGCCACUGGCAAAGGACCGCAGACUACAGACCCCGCUUUCAGCGCCAGCACUCCACUCCCAGCCCCGCCAGUUUAAGCAGCGGCGACACUCAUUGCGGCACAAGGAUCUUGCAGAGCACCCAGCUGCCCGACAGCCACGGGUAGUGCUGCCAUGCGGGAAUCCAGGCUUGCUUCUUCACAGCCGCUGGGAGAUGGAGCUAAAUUCACCUUGCAGUUGCCCCACUGAAGCCAGGGGAUUACCCUGGCUAGCCGGGAGGAGAAUUUGGCCACGGAUGCAUGGGAAGGCAACAUACUUGGCUUGCAAAAGGAGGUGGGAAGAUGCCCCUCCCUUUCCUCAGCGCUUCCUUCCUAGCCAGUCCAUGCAAGAGCACGAGCACCCCCUGUCUGUGGCCACUUCUCAUGAGAGCAGGCGCUGCAGGUGUUUGCAUCCCAUCGGCAGCACACUAGGCGGCACAGCGACAGUUACUCACGCCCAAGAGGAGCUGCCAGAGUCUCCUCUUGCCCAAGCCCAUGCCAUGCCCCCACUGGGUGCCGAGCGCAGACUCCCGCGCCGCGGCGGACGGGGCAGAGGUGAGGUAGCCAUCUGGGGGCAGGUUGAGGAAGGAGCCCCACUAUGAAGGGCUGGGCGAACCCCAGGCCCGGAUAUCGGGGGCUGCUUCUAGCACAACUUGUGGUGUUUGGGGCUGAAUCCAACUCAGCACCUUGGCAUUAGCGGCACGUUAGAUUCAUGGGGUUGCCAGAUCGGUAUGGACCCUCCCCUCCGCCCCCCACACCUCCUUUCUGUGCCCUUUGAAGGGUCUAUGCCAGGGCUGCCACCUUCAUGACUAGCUAGUGCCCAUAAAUCACAGCGGCUGGCAGCCAAGAGAAUUACCAGUGCAGCCCAUGGAAACCGAACGCCCUGGUAGUGCUCCUCUGGGCUCAGGCCAGAACUGGGGGCCAGGUGAAAGGCCUGGGCCAUCCGCUGGGUCUGCCCCAUGGAGCCUUUCACGCUCCAGCCUGCUGCCGGAUGCUCCCAAACACAGGCAUCCUUGGCUGGGAAUUCGUUACUGAGAAUUCACACUCAGAGGUCCCGAUUUUAUAGGGACAGUCCCAAUUUUUGGGUCUUUUUCUUAUAUAGGCUCCUAUUAGUCCCCACCCCCAUCCCCAUUUUUCACAUUUGCUGUCUGGUCACCAGGUAACAGUGGCACCGAGCCCAGACUUUAUUCCUGGAUUCCAAGGGCAGACGGGCCCAUUGCGAUCCCCUGCUCUGACCUCCUGCAGGACACAGCCCAGAACUGCCCUGGGUUCCUGCCUCUUUGAGCGUGAGCAGCUCUUGUAGAAAAACAUCCAUCCCCCCGGCCCCUUGCACUGUGGGGACACUGGGAUGGGGCUUUCCCCCCCCCAGAAAUGAGCCUGACCAAACUCUGAUCCAAACACCCCAGAACUCUGGGCUGGUCAAAGUGCAGUGCUCUGUUUUGUCAGCAGUCCCCGGCUUUAUAACCGGCCAAGGCAAACGGCCCCCAGCAGUAGACGUUUGAGAUCUGGGUCCCACUCUCAAGUCUGUGGCGUGAGCCCAUCCCGGUUCCCUUUGUAAGAUGCCGCCCCAAAAAUGCACAUUACGCCCCCCUCGGUGUCUUUCCAUUCCAGUGCAGUUCCGUGGCCAUGUGAGCUGAGGACUUCAGUAACUCAGGCAGCGGUUACGGGCCCACCACAGGAGCAGGUGGACGAGGGCCUCUGGCCUGCGAUGGGCAGGAGGGUCAGACUAGAUGAUCCCGAUGGUCUCUUCUCAGAAGUCUGCGGUUUAGUCCUGGGACCAUCAAUCCCAGGCCAAAGUCAGAGGGGGCGGGUGGAUGUUUUCAGAGCAUCGCCUGGGGACUCAAACCCUCUCCCACGCACACACCGCUUUGAGAACAGGCCUGUCGCAUGGGGAGAGGAUCAGUGUUUGUAAGCUCACCCUGCCCUUGUGAAAGGGGAAGUGGCUACACGCCCACACCUGGUUAAUCCCGGUGCGGGCGAGCCAAAGAGCGGGGUGGGUGGGAAGUAGCAACACAUGCUCUCUAAUAAGGGCGGGCGGUUAGCGAAUGCUGAAUCAUAGUGGAAAGCAGGUAGAUGCAUUCCGGGCCCUGCAGUAUUUCCAAAGGCAGCAGUUUGCACGCAGCACCACUGGCAUUUGCACACACGGGAGGUGUGGCCCAACAGAGGGAUGUUGCAGUUUGGGAGGCCCGCUGAGAAUUUGCCCCACAGCUGCCUCAUUAAUGCCCAAUGUGUUCACACACCAGGAUUAACGUCUUUGUGGUGCACGCCAAAAGGAAUCAGGGAUUUAGGCUGCGAUUUCAAUGACUUGCCAUGGUAACCAAGCCAUGAGCCACAACAAGAGGGCGUGCACGCACGAUGGGGGGAAAUUAAACAAAAUUGCGGGGGGGAAGGAAAUUCCAAAACCUAAAGUCAUUUCAACCCCCAAAACUGAAGCCUUUCUGAAAACGUCAUGUCAAGAUUUCGGGAUUGUUUUUAGGGAGGUUGGUUUUUGUUUGAUUUUUCUUGACCGGAAAUAUUUGCAGAAAUCGACCCAAGUUCACAAAAUGUUUCAGUUGACUUGGAUCUGCACGUUUCAACUGUCAAAAAUUUCAGAUGAAAAAUUUUGCCCAGUUCUGCUCCCAGCUAUGUGGUCAUGGCUCAGUUUUUGCAGAACAGCCUGGUAGGGGGUAGCUGUUUGUUACAUGAACCCCGUGCGAACGCGGUCUCUAUGCAAUCAUGUGGUUCAGGUGUUUCCCACCAGGAUUUGGUGACUUGAGGCUGAUCCUCAAAGUAUUGUGCUGUUGAGUAUUUCUACAACGACAGCCCAGAAUGAGUAGUCGGCAGGGACUGAACCUGUGACCUCUGAUUUAAAAGCACAGGCCUCUACUGCUUGAGCUCAAGGAGCAGCUAUUUUGUAGCUGGCUGGUAGUAGCGGAUUCAACCCUGUAUGUGUGAUUUAGCCACUAGAAUAGAGUGACCAGACAGCGAGUGUGAAAAAUCGGGACGGGGGUGGGGGGUAAUAGGAGCAGAAAAAGACCCAGAAAUCGGGACAAUCCCUAUAAAAUCGGGACAUCUGGUCACUCUACACUAGAGGGCGACAAAGAGGCGUUUGGGAAUGCCAGCCCCACAUGAGCACACCCGUGUGCAUGCCAUUCCCACACUCGCCCUCCAGAUUAAAAGCCAAUAGCCACAGAGGCCUUCCUGUUCGGCUGCCUGCUCCAAACCCCAGACAAUACCCAGCAUGCCAGGGCCUUUGCUUCUCUCUUCUCUGGCCCCAGCACAACCUGCGGCCGCCUUUCUGAGCUGCACCUCCGGUAGGGUCAGGACGGUGGGUCUGGUCUGGUGACUACUUGGGGGGGGAACGGUCCUGCCCCUUUUUGUGCAGUCGAAGCCUUGGCUGCUGUUUGCCUUUGGUUUGAUUUCUGUCAAUACACGGCGUCAGAGACGGUGCCCCCUCCCACCCCCCCGGAGAACAGGGGGGCCUGCACAGAACAGGUGCAGCAAGGAUCGCGGAGACGUUGGCCGGGGAAGUGGGGGUGUCUGCGCUCUACCCUCGACUCUGCCCCUGACUCCCCAGCGAUCUAGGACAAGUCACGUAGGCCAAGGCUGGUCAGGCUUGGGUGCUUCACCUGAUUUCGUUGGGAGCUGCUGGCGCCCAGCACCUCGGAAAUCAGGCCAGUUACUCAGGCUCUGAGACUUUUCACCAUGAGUGUCCCCCCUCCCCCCCAGUGCAGACGUAACUGACUUUGGAGUUAGGGUGGGUACACUCGGACGGCUAUAGCAGCACAACGGCAGUGUUGCAGUGCAGACACUCACUACAGCCCUGGGAGGGGGGUUCCCAGCAGCGUAGACAAUCCAUCUACCCGAGAGGCAGUGGAUAGUUCAACACAAGAAUUCUGUCAACCUAGCGCUGUCUGCGCCCGGGGCUGGGCGACGGAGCUACGUCCCACUCCUAAGAGCCGUAGCUGUGCCAUUGUACGUUCCCGGUGUAGACACCCAGCUGUGAAAAUUGUGCCUUCAUCCUUCUGCACCCAAGUGCCCUGUCCAUGAAAGGAGGAGAACGAGACUUCCCUACCUGCCAGGGGUGUUGUGAGGCUCUAGUCACUCAGGUGCUCCAGUGAUGAGCGCCUGGAAAUGCCUGUGAAUGAAGUUAGAGCACAGCCGGAGGAAGACCCUGAGGAAGGGAAGUGAGUGCCCGACACCGGUUCCAGCUCCCUGGCUACAUGCACGUGGGACGCCGACUCCCUCACGCCUGGGCUUUUGCUGUGCAUGUUGCAGAGAAGAUCAAAGGAAGUGGCAUUCUGCUGUGGGCGGAUCCCUUCCUGCGAUGCCCCAAAUAACACCCUGGGAGUCAACAGCUGGGAAUUCCCUGGAGAAAAACUUGAAGUUCCACUUGAUAGUCUGUUACCUAACUAGCCUGGCAUCCUCUAUCGAUCACAUGGAUCCCGGGAGCUGCCCCGUAGAACAGUGAAGCAGGAAGGGCACUGGGUGGGGAAUUCACCCCUGUGCAGAGACUCAGCAUGAAGUCUGAGCAUCCCUUAGCCCCACAGGGCGUGCACACAUGGGAUAUGGCCACAGGGGAGCAUAAGCCAUCUGCAGAGCGACGAAGCUCACCCUAAACGUCUGGGCAUGUGACUCGCUCGGAUCAGGUAUUUUAAUUUAUUUUGAAGACUGCUCGAGUUGCGCGAGGAAAGAGGUUUCCCUGGAGCAGGGGUGUCUAUGCGGCUCCCUGGCCUUACCUGUUACUGCUAAGAUGACGGCGCCGAUGAUCAUGAUGAGCGUCUGCAGCGUGUCAGUGUAGAUCACAGCUGCCAGCCCACCUGCAUGAGACGGGAAUGAGAUACAGGGGUCUCAGUCGGCACCGGGCCGGGCGUUUGUUGUAAUGUCAACAAUAAACCCAACCAUUC